AUUUAAAGCUACAUAUUCAAGCAUGUUAGAUACUUCAAUCAACUGCUCAAAGAUUGCGCUCAAGAUAUUUGGCAAUUGAGGAAAUGGAGCCGAAAGAAUGCGGUCAGCAGUAUCAAUACGCGGUCUAUCACGAUAGACCGGAUGUAAAUGUCGCUAUUGGCUAUGGGGCUUAUGGCUCCACCGCCUCCGGCACCGCCGGCGAUGCUGACGCUGACGCCGAGGGGCAGGCGAAAGGCUUGUCCUUUGACAAUAAGACCAUACGACGUGGAUUCAUACGCAAGGUAUACAUGAUACUAAUGGGACAGCUGGUGAUCACAUUUGGAGCCGUGGCUUUGUUUGUGUUCAGCAAAGACGCCAAGCAAUUUGCGGUCCUCAAUCAAUGGCUCUUCUGGGUGGCUAUUGGGGUCUUGCUGAUAACUAUGUUGUCCAUGGUCUGCUGCGAGAAGGUGCGCCGCGAAACGCCGACCAAUUUCAUAUUUCUAGGCAUGUUCACAAUAGCCGAAUCAUUCCUGCUUGGAGUCUCGGCCAUUCGCUUCGCACCCAAUGAGGUGCUACUGGCAAUUGGCAUAACAGCAGCCAUUUGCUUGGCCCUGACGGUGUUCGCCCUGCAGACCAAAUAUGACUUUACAUUGAUGGGCGGCAUUCUAGUAGCGUGUCUGGUGGCCCUGUUGAUUUUCGGCUUCAUGGCCCUCUUUAUGCACGGCAAAAUUAUAUCGCUGAUCUAUUCGUCGCUUAGCGCUGUGCUUUUCUCAAUCUACCUGGUCUACGAUACGCAGAUAAUGAUGGGCGGCGGUCACAAAUAUUCAAUUAGCCCCGAAGAAUAUAUUUUCGCUACGCUCAAUCUCUACUUGGAUAUCAUUAACAUAUUUAUUGAUGUACUCAACAUUCUGGGCAUAACGCAAGAUUAAAUUCAAACUAAAAGUAGACCAAUGGACAGACAGAGAGAGCGCGCCAUAGAGAGAUGCAUUGAAAGAGAAAUUAUGCAAAUGUUUUAUGUGUUUACACACAGGCAUUUAAUUGUAGCAUUUAAAUGAGCAAUUGAGCAAAUUAUACCACACACAGACAACCACACAUAAAUCCCACACACACAUACACACACACACUUGCAAUCAAAUAUGUCAAUUAAGUUAUUAGUAACGAGCAAUAAAAAUGUCAAGGCAAUUACAAUAUUAA